AUGACUAGUAGUAAUAAUAAUAAAUGGAGAAUAGAUUUUACAAAUCUUGCUGAUCAAGCAAGACGACAUGAAGUUAGAGGACAAGUGUUGGUGGUUGAUCCACCACCACCACCAGGUUUUGUACUUUCAAGUUCCAUUUCAACUGGGUUUAAAGGAAAUUUGAAAGCCUGGGAUGCAGCUUUAUCACCAGGAAAAAAUAUACCAAUGAAUGUAUUUAUGUUAUGGAUGAGUGGAAAUGGAGUACAGAUAUUUAGUGUUAUGAUUACAGGAAUGUUACUUGUUCAACCAAUAAAAGCAUUAAUGAACAUUGAUAGUGUAUUUGAAAGAUAUGAAUCAUCAAAAACCAAACCUUAUUUAAUAUGGCCAAAAUUACUGUAUGUGUUUUUUCAAUUUCUUAUAAUGUCUCUUGGAUUAUAUAAAUGUUCAUCUAUGGGAUUGUUACCAACUGCUACUUCAGAUUGGUUGGCAUUCAUGGAUCCUAAACAGAUUCUAGAAUAUUCUGAAAUAUAA